AUGUCCUCGGGCGCAGCGAGAGCCAGCCGGCCCUACACGCGCGGUGACGAAGGGCCUCGGAUGUCGAACGCGAAUGUGAGCGCGAGCGCCAGCCUCCGGAGCGAGCGAGAUGACGCCAAGGGUGCCCGAUCUCCCCAGACAGACAGCAAGUUCUCCGGCACGGCCCAUAAGAGGAGUGCGUCGGGCAACCCGCGUCCGACGGCAAGGGCGAUCGAGGGCAGGCGGUACGAAGAGCGUCGGGUUACGGAGAGGACCUAUGUCUCUCGUAUUGAGAGGGUGCCACCUGCAAGCCCCGGCAAGCAGCAGAGGCAGAGCGGGCCGACAGAGAAGAAGGUGCCCGAGUUGCGGCGGCAGAAAUCAGCAGAGUGGAAACAGAGUGACCGAGAGCAGGGAUCGGAACCAUCGGCAGCAGGUUGGAUGCCCGAAGUGACGCUACUGCCGCACUCAUCGGCUCCCUUAGCCUCGAGGGUGUCGAUACCGCCCCUCGCCUCCACCGUUCCACAGGCGCCCCAGCCGAUCCCUUUGAUUGAGCUGUCCCUCGAGGCCCAGGAAGCGGCCAUGGUGGAAGAUUUACUCUUCGUCUUCAUGGGCUUCGAGGGACAGUAUAUUCGCUUCGCCAAGGGAUACGACCCCAACGAGGAGCGUGAUCGCCUGUCGGGUCCGACCUUCAAGAUCCUGCCGGGGCUCGAUCCAAGCCUGCAUGAUCUGACAACGUCCAUGCUCAAGAUGGCAACAUACUACGCCGCCCUCGAAGCUUUCGUCGACGUCCAAAGCCGUGCAGACUUUGGGCUCGUCAACCAUGCGCUGUGUGCCUCGAUUCGCAAAUUCCUCCAAGACUACCUGAUCAUGAUUGCCCAACUGGAAACCCAGUUCCUCACAAACGACACAUUCACCGUCCACGUCCUCAACAUUCACACCAUCUCCACCAGCCACCUGAUGCUGCAGCUGUACUCUCUAGCGCAAGAGCUGCUCAAGAGGAAUGCCCUUCUCGACGACGAGAGCGAGGAAGAAGGGGAUGACAGCGACGAUGACUACGACAAGGUGAUUGAGAGGUUGACGGACGGUGGCGAGCUGCUCCCCGGCAGUAUGACGGCCAAGAAGAUUUGCAAGGGUGGCGUCGUCCUCGGCCUCGUGACGAAGCGACUCGAGAGCAUGUCGGGGGACCCGGCCGCCCGAGCGCUGCUGACCUCGCUUCUGCGGGAGGCAAGCCGACCGUACAUGGUCAUGCUGAACGAAUGGCUGCACCGAGGAGCCAUCAAUGACCCGCAUUCGGAGUUUCUCGUCAAGGAGCAAAAGAGCAUCCGACGCGAGCGGCUCGAGCAAGACUACACGGAUGAGUACUGGGAGAGACGCUACACCAUUCGAGACCACGACGUGCCUCCGCAGCUGGAGGCCGUCAAGGACAAGGUCCUCUUGGCUGGCAAGUAUUUGAAUGUCGUUCGCGAGUGCGGCGGCGUCGACGUGAGCCAAGUCGUGACUCGCGUGCCAACCUCCUUCGACGACAGCAGGUUCUUGGAGAACGUCAACAACGCGUAUGCCCACGCGAACGAGUCCCUGAUGCAGCUCUUGCUGACGACGCACGCACUGCCGGCCCGGCUGCGCUCCAUGAAACAUUACUUCUUCCUCGACCCCUCCGACUACUUUUCCUACUUUCUCGAGCUCGGCUCCUCGGAGCUGCGGAAGCCGGUCAAGUCGGUCAACACGACCAAGCUGCAGUCCCUGCUUGACCUCGUCCUCCGCCAGCCCGGCAGCGUCGUCUCGCUCGACCCUUUCAAGGAGGACGUCAAAGUGGAGAUGAACGAGAUCACCCUGAUCAAGUCUCUGCAGCGAGUCGUGAACAUCACCGGCAUCGAGCAGGGAGAGUCCCUGCAGCCCAUCUCGAAUCAGACCGUAGAAGGUGACAAGAACGCCGUCGGCUUCACCUCUCUCCAGCUUGACUACGCCGUCCCCUUUCCCGUGUCGCUUGUUAUCAGCCGCAAGACGGUCUGGCGAUACCAAGCCCUCUUCCGCUACCUCCUCUCCCUGCGCCAUCUCGAAUCUCAGCUCUCCUCGACGUGGCAGACGCAGACCCGAGGCAUAAGCUGGGCUCACAAGGGACCAAACCAGGCGCUCGAGAUCUGGAAGCGCAGGGCAUGGACCCUCAGGGCGAGGAUGCUUGUCUUUGUACAGCAGCUCCUGUACUUUUGCACCUCAGAAGUCAUUGAGCCCAACUGGACAAGGUUCAUGGCCCGGCUCGACACGAAAGAGGAUGGCCAGGAUGGGACAAGGCCAGCCACAAGGACGGUGGACGAGCUGAUGCAGGAUCACGUAGACUUUCUAGAUACCUGCCUCAAGGAAUGCAUGCUAACGAACAGCAAGCUUCUACGAAUUCACUCCAAGCUCAUGCAAACAUGCACCAUCUUCGCCGCCUACACAAACUGGCUCACGCGCGAGCUCGAAAGGCUGGACCCGGACCUGUCGGCCGAAAACAAGCCCAGCACCAUGACGGCCGACCAGUGGAAGCGAUUUCAGGCUGCCAAGGCCUCCUCCCAGCGGACCGCCCAGAACCAGGACGCGGCGGCGUUGGUUAUUUCGCCUGAUGAUGCCGAGGCCCGUGUCCGCAACCUUGCCGACAUCAUCCGCAAGUGGGAGGGCAACUUCAGCCGGCACCUGCAGAUCCUGCUCGAUGCGCUGAACCACUACGCUGCGACCGAGACCGUCGUUCUGCUGAGCCUGUGCGCGCGCUUGAGCACAGCAAACCAGGGCACCGAGUACGCGGGGCUGAGGACAGAGGACGACACUGCUUGA